GUGCAGUCUCCCCUAAUUGGUUGUUUACCUGUACGUGGGCCCCGUGGCUUUUUUCAGUGUGUUGUUUUGGGCCAGCAGUGUUUUUUUCCGGUUUUUAUUAGCUUGGACGGGAUCUUUUGCGCGUUGCUUUGCAAAGCUGAGCGCGUUGCCUGCGGAGCAGGUUAGAUUUCCUCCCCUUUCUCUGGCUGUCUUUUCUCGCAGACCUUCUUCUCUCUCAGGGCUACUGGUACGAGACAGGGAUUUGACUCGACCCUGCUGGAAAAAGAAAUGGAAGCUCAGUUCUUGGUGGUGGUCUCGAGAUGUUAGGGACAGGGAGCAAGAGAAAGCCUUUUAGGCUUUUACGAGAGAGGACUCAAAGGAGAGAGGGUAAAAACCCGGUGCUGCUAGAAGCUAAAAAGACCCUCUUCCUUUUCACCUUCUCUCCCUUCUCUCUACCUGCGCCUUCGACCAGAAACCUCCAAAGCCUCUCCUUCUCCAACUCCCUUCUCUCCCGUCUCUCACCUCAUCUCUUCCCCUCUCCCUCUCUCUCUCUCUCUCUCUCUCUCUCUCUCUCUCUCUCUUCCCCUCUCCAAAAAUGGCGUCCACAAGAAGUGUAAGGAAGCGGACGACCGAUGCUGGCGAGGUUAAGAGCGAUCAACUCUUUAUCAGUUUUCUGGAGACUUUAGGGAUAGACGGUAGUCAACGAUAUGCUUGCUGGGUUAUUUUAACGAUGGGUUGAUGUUGGAACGACGGCGCUCCGAUUUACGAUGAGAUCGCUCUCCCGGUCUCUCUUUCGGCACUCCAUUUUUUGGGUUCCGCUUGAUUUGGUGCCGGUUUCCCCGUAGUCCCGUUCCGUCUGUUUUCUGUGCGCAACCAGGGAGGACUCCAUGGAAUCGAUCUUCUACUCAUUCUCAAGCAGGCCUUCUUCACGGUGUGCCCAGCUGCUGCGAUUGACGGGAAGACAAACCCAGCUGACGCGAUUGACGGGGAGCGAGUGCUUCGGGGAUUGACGGGAGUCGAUGGUAUACUAGGCAGCUCUUCUUCACGGUGGAGCGAGUCUGAAAUGGCGGCGCUCCGAGUCCGGUCACCAGCGGUGGGUUCAUACGGCUUCUCCACGAUCUGUAGAUGUACUUUUGUGGAGCUCGGGGGAACUUUCCUCUAUCCAGUGCUUUCUGGGUCAUUUGAUGGGGGUCAGGGACUUCUCCUUCCAGAGAAAGGAGAGAGACAUGGGGAUCGGAGAGGAAGCCGAAAGGAGAGAGACAUGGGGAUCGGAGAGGAAGCCGAAAAGAUUGGCCAAGGUGUACCUAAAGAGGACAGUAAGAGCGAUCAAGAGAGGGAUUUGACGGUCCUGGAGUAGAUCUGGAGCUAUCUCGAGCUUUUUGGAAGAGGAAGGGAGGAUUCGUAAACGACCCAGGUCCUCAGUCCACUUCCUGUCUUCUUAGUUUGCUGGAUGCUGAUUCCGUUCCCUGCGAAGCUCUAGCAACUGUAGUUCUAGGAACAUGGAGAGCAAGAGAGUGACUGGAGGGUGAUAGUUUUUCCUAUCGUUCUGCUUUGUGUCUCCCCCAAGCAGCACUGGAAAUGGCUCUGCUUACCAAGUUGCAAAAUAAGGGAACUAUGUUGUGCGAAAUCGGUUGGGAGGAACGCGUAUGGAGUUUUGAUGUGGCUGCAGCUCAGUGAUAGAUGAUUCUCUGCUGGGAAAAAGGUGUAGCAUGGUGGGAUUGAUGGGCUCAUGUACAAUUGAUAUUUCAGCUCGAAUACAACUCUAAAGAAACCAAAAAAAUAGAUGAACUAUUGAACUGCCAGCAAUGCUAUAAUGUGUAGGUUUGUUAAGAAGUCCUAUUUUAAGCUAUGUGUAGGUAGGUGAUGAAGUUGAUGAUUGAUGCAUGAUGAAUAAUGUUUGGCCGGACACUAGAUUAGCUUUCUAAGCACUCCCACUGCUGGUGACUUAGGAUUCAUCGACCUGGAAUUUCAAAGAAGAAGUGCCUUUUAGAACCGAAGAACUUACCAUCAAGCUUCUUUCAGGAUCAUCCACCGGCAAGACGCAUGAGGCGGCUUGACUAACUCUUCCCAAACCGAGGAACCUGCAGCCUCCACAGACUGCAAUUUCAGAACUUGAGAUGCCGAUUUGUCUUCCACCUCCUAUUGAUGAUCUUCUCCUCUUCUAUAGCAUGGUUGGAGUACAUUUGCUUUAAUAAUUUCGAUUAGUUUCUUUAUUCGUAUGUUAGAUUCCUUGAAAUUGGAUUUACAUGGUAAUGGUUGGGAUCCCUAAUUUGCAUACAGGUGUGUUAUUGUUUUGGUUAAGUACCAAAAAGAAUUUCGGUGAUUUAGUAUGAGGGUGAAUUGGUCGAUUGGUAAUUAGGAUUGCUCACUUUAAUUUGUAUGGUUACUUUGAUGUUGGGUUUCAAUUGAGCUUCAAUGAUUAAGCAGGAUAAGCUCCAGAGGCAUUUUAGUAUGCUAUAUAGUACCCAUGCUUUAAUAUACUUAGAGCCAUU